CGUGAAGUUGAUGAUACAAAAAAUAUGGGUCGGUGAUAGACAAACAUGGCAGACUUGCAAUUUAAGGACAAUCGGAACGAUGCGGGGGUCGCCAGAAGCAUCGGAGAGCACAGAUUACUGUUUCUACUGUGAAAUCAGGAGCUGGCUGCUGUGGGCAACCUGUGCACACUCUGUGCAGUUGGGAGAAGAACACCUCCUCUGUCUCCUCAGCUGUACGGCACAACAAGCGGAAAGGAAGGAAAGAACGAGAAAGGGAGGAGAAGCAUCUAUAUCUCCCGCAGAGCUGCAGAAAGAGUCUCCUUCUCCUUUUUACUCCUCCUCUCCUCCUGCGUGGGGACUCUUUUCCUUCAUAGUAUCUCUCUCUCUCUCUCUCUCUCACUUUCUUUCUCAGUCUCUCUCUCUCCCCAUACACAAAACCCUGGAGUCCUGACUGGUUUUUUUUCCGACAGACUCUUUUUCCUCUCCUCUUUUUUUUUUGACUGUGAUGCCUCCUCUGUCCAUCCCUCGUUCUCAGCGCAAACCCUGAAGGCUGCAGCGUGACAACAGCACACGGCGCAGCGCAGCACAACGGACGGACUGAGAGAACGACCGACAUCUCCACUCCAGAAGAGAACAAACUAAAAGAAGCUGUGAUUGUGUGCGUGCUCUGGGAGAGGAGCAUGUUGUGGCUGUGAUGUCGCUGGACAUGGAGAAGGCCGUCACAAAGCUCAUGUACGACUUCCAGCGGAACUCCACCUCUGACGACGACUCAGGCUGUGCACUGGAGGAAUACGCGUGGGUACCGCCGGGUUUGAGUCCCGAGCAGGUACAUCAGUAUUACAGCUUCCUGCCCGAGGACAAGGUGCCGUACGUGAACAGCAUCGGGGAGAAGCAUCGCAUCAAGCAGCUCCUGCAUCAGCUCCCGCCUCACGACAACGAGGUGCGCUACUGUAACACGCUGGACGAGGAGGAGAAGAGGGAGCUGAAGAUCUUCAGCAACCAGCGCAAGCGGGACAACCUGGGGCGCGGCAAUGUGCGUCCACUCCCCCUCACCAUCACCGGCGCCGUGUGUGAGCAGUGCCGAGGGCAGGUCAAUGGCGGGGACAUCGCGGUGUUUGCGGCGCGCGUGGGCCACGGCAUGUGCUGGCACCCUCACUGCUUCGUGUGCUCGGCGUGCGACGAGCUGCUGGUGGAUCUCAUCUACUUCCACCAGGACGGCAAGAUCUACUGCGGCCGCCACCACGCCGAGAGGCUCAAGCCUCGCUGCUCCGCCUGCGACGAGAUCAUCUUUUCGGACGAGUGCACGGAGGCGGAGGGCCGCCACUGGCACAUGAAGCACUUCUGCUGCUACGAGUGCUCGGCCCCGCUGGGCGGCCAGCGCUACAUCAUGAAGGACGCUCGGCCCCACUGCUGCAACUGCUUCCAGUCGCUCUACGCCGAGUACUGCGACGCCUGUGGAGAGCACAUAGGCAUUGACCAGGGCCAGAUGACGUACGACGGUCAGCACUGGCACGCAACCGAGGAGUGCUUCUGUUGCGCCCGCUGCAAGCAGUCACUCCUGGGCCGCCCAUUCCUGCCCAAGCAGGGCCAGAUUUUCUGCUCACGCUCGUGCAGCGCGGGCGAGGAGCCCGACGAGUCCGACUCGGCCGACUCGGCCUUCCAGAGCGCCCGCUCGCGCCAGUCCCGCCGCAGUGCGCGCAUCGGCCGCCACGGCAGCAGCGGCGCCAAGGCCAAGGCCAAGGCGAAGCCCGAGGGCCGGCAGAUGUCGUCUGCCAGCAACCCAGACCGCCUGUCGGCCGACAUGGACCCGUUGUCGACGCAGAUGGACCUGCUGAGCGUGGCCAGCCCCACGGCGAGCCGCACCCCGAGCAGGACCCCCAGCCGCACGCCAAGCCGCACGCCGAGCCGCACGCCCAGCCUGAACCGCGAGCAGGCCGUGUGGAUGAGCCGCGACGAGCCGGCCGCCUACCAGUACGAGGCGCCCCAGAGAGACCCGUCUCCAGCUCCACCCAACCCGCACCAACACCAGCACCAACACCAACACCAGCUCCAGCACCAGCACCAGCACCAGCUGCUGGGCCAGUGCAACCCGCGGCCGCCCUACGUCUCCAGCCAGAGCCAGCAGGGCCCGGCGCCGGCCCACUCGGGUGGAGGCGGUGGUGGUGGUGGUGGUGGUGGGGUCGGCGGGGGUCAUCCCGACGCUUGGCCCAAGGAGCCGCAGGCGGGGCCCCCGGGGGUCAACCCCAAGAAGCCGCCCGUCAUGGCGGCUCUGCGGGGCCACUCGUUCAACGAGAACUGGAUGCACCACAGCCAGGACACGGAGUUCCGCGCGCCCAAGCUCAAGACGCAGAUGAGCUUCAACGAGGCGUCCAGCCACGGAGUGGGCAGGGGCGUCGGGGGCGUCGGGGGCGUCGGGGCCUUCUCGGAUAAGCGCAGCGUGAGCGUGCAUGGCUUCCCCCGUGAGGUACGGCCCCCGCUGCUGCGCAGUCGCACGCCCAUCAACGAGAUGAUGACCCCACCCGAGCAGACGCCCCACGGCUCUACAGACUCCCUCUCACUGUCCUACGCCACAGGCAAUUCUUUGGACGGCACCACCAAGCGCCAGGAGCAUCUCUCUCGCUUCUCCAUGCCGGACCUGAGCAAAGACUCGGGCAUGAACGUGUCGGAGAAGAGCAACAUGGGAACGCUGAACUCCUCCAUGCAGUUCCGGAGCACCGAGUCGCUGACCUCAGCUCCACGGCCCUUCUUUGACCUGGGCAUGCCCGUGCGCCUCAAGUACCCGCCCAUGCAGUACUGGGACCCGCCGCGCGGCCUGGGCUUCCAGGAGAAGGUCAAAGGUCACCCGGGGCUGGCGGUCAGCAUGGGGAACAUGCACGUGACCCCGGUGAUGGAGCGGCGGGCCCCGCCCGGGCGUCCUGGCCGGCUCGGCGAGCAAGAGCUACGAGGAGGGGGAGGAGGGGGAGGAGGAGGAGGCUCACGCCAGCGCCACCACCGCACCGGGGGGCGCCACCGGCACCACCACCAAGGCCACGGCCAGCACGGGCACCACCACCACCAUCACCACCACCACCACGGCGGGCACCGCCAGUCGCGGCGCUCCCGCUCCGACAACGCCCUGCACCUGGCCGCCCAGGGCCCGGGCGCCAGCGGCACCGCCGGCAGCGGAGGCAGCGCCGGUUACCACGGCGACCUGGGCCCGGCGCACUUCUUUCACGACUUCCACGAGCGCUUCCCCCCGCGCGAGCUCUUCGGUGGUGGUGGUGGUGGUGGCGGCGUUGGCGGGGGGAACCUCGGCGCAUACCGCCAACACUUCUACCCACGGCCGUGCCCGCGGACGACAUCUGACCUCACCCUACAGAACCCCGGUGGGUCGGGGCCGCAGGGGCGCGGAGGCGGCCCUUACUUGAACGGCUAUGGCGAGGAGGACGGGGAGGGCGACGAGGAGUACUUCUGCUCCACCUGCUCCUCGUCCACGGAGGAGUCUGCCGACGAAGGCUACUUCCUGGGCGAGCCUAUCCCUCGUCCAGUGCAGCUGCGUUACCUAGACAACGAGGAGCUGCGGCACAGGUACAGCCCCACGGCUUUGGGAGGCCGUGGACAGCUGCACACGCGCCGGCGCAGGAAGAGCAAGAACUGCAGCAUCUCAUAGGACCGUGUGUCAGUGUGUGUGUGUGUGUGUGCGUGUGUGUGUGUGUGUUUGUGUAUGUAUGUAUUGUAUAUGUGUGGAGGCGAUGGUAUAUUUGUAACACGUGGGAGGAAGCACUUAUGUGAAUUUGUGUGGGUAGUGGGUACAUAUGUACAGUAUGUGUGUACAAAUUAGCCUGUGAGCUGUGAGUUCAUGCACUGAAUAUGUGUUUCUGUGUGUGUGUGUGUGUGGACGGGUCGUACAUGGAUGAGAGAUUUUUGUUGAGCUCAACUGAACAGAACACUGCCAGGGAUUCAAGUGGAUGGAACUACAGUAUUUUCAAAUCACAGUGUAAUGUGAUGUUUUUGGACAUCAUCUUAAAAAUCUUUAGUGGAUAAGAACACUACACACACUUAACAUGGAUCUAACUUCCUCCUAACUCACUGUAUUCUCUGUACUUAUGAACCUGUUACACACGGUGUGAACUCUCAUGAACCGUUUGCAGAGACUGAACUCAGAUGACUAGAGAUUCUACAGAAAUGACAUAAAGAGUAUUAACCAUUAAAUAUUUAAAUGACUUUACAUAUUGUAUUCCUGAAAUCCCAAAUGUUGUAGAAAAAAAAAAUCUGUGCAAUAAGAAUGUCCUCUGGUGACCUUUAUGAUGGUUAGGCUGCCAUCCAUCCAUAAAAGCUAGAGGGUGAAGUGAAAGUGGACUUGGGAUCGUGACAACACCAGGAGAUGAGAGGGCAGCCAUGAAUCCGGGUUCAGCUGAGUUCAGCCCACCCCAGGUACCACUGUGCUAUCUGGUGCAGAGGCCCUCCUGACCUGGGUGGUGUAGUUUUGGUCCUGGUGUUCUAAGGAAGGCCUCAUCGCAUGAUGGCCCCUUGGAGGAGAGUGAGUAGCUGAACUGGAUGGGGAGAGCCAGCAGGCAUCGACGUGAACGUUCUCCCUGACCCACUAUAAAUAGACCCCCCCCCCCCCCCCCAGCUUCUGCCAUUUCUGCAUCAAAGAUGAGCUACUAUGAUCCCCCUCUUCUCUAUCUGUUUAGUUUCUCUCUCUCUCUCUUUCAGGCCUUUCCCACGACAGCAUUGUUCAGUAUCGUCCAGUGUUUCAUGCCGUACUCCUCUCAGCUCCUUUCCUCCGAGCGGUUGUCAUUCUUUGAAUUCUUGAAAAACUUACAGUGUACAGUGAAAUAAUGUUCUCUAAGUUAUGGAUGUAGUACUGUAAAUGUAUUGUAAAUAUGGUCCUAAAUAUUUAUAUAUAUUUUGUAUCUUCAGAUGCAUUAUUUGUAUUAUAGGAUGUAGAAACAGAGCUGCCUGCACGUGCCCUUGCUGUUUUUGUCUCGUAUUGGAAUUAAGGGAUUAUUACAAUAAACCCCUAAAAUGGC